UCGCGCGUGCGGCCGGAGAUCCUGACAGGCAACAGCUCAGCUCAGCUUCGUCUGCCCCCUCGUCUCGCGGAUGUGAAGUCGCGGGGCACCAAGCCGAUGACAUGAAGAAGAGAAGCGAAGGGCAAUCAGUCGUUGGGGAUGUCUUAGAGGGAGAGGAAAGAGGAGGAGGAGGAGGGGGAGGAGGGGGAGGAGAAGGAGGAAGAGGAGGAGGAGAAGGAGAAGGUUUUGCAAAGGAAGGAGGAGUGAGUUUUGCCCAGCAAGCAUGGAAGAGGGUGAGAAGGGGAAAUUCGGUAUCUGCGAGGAGAUGGACAGUCCAGUCGGACAGAAUCAGCGAGGAAGCGGGUCGCGGUCUUCCGGAUGGGAUCGGGAUCAAGAUUGGGAUGUGGAUGUGGUUUGUCCUCGUCCCGGUGUGUGUGUUGGCGGGAGUCGCCGGGGGACUCGAUCUCACUGAGCUCCAUUGUGAUACGGACUCAUUUAGCCUGGUCUUGUCAGCGUGCGACCACUUGCAGCUUUCCCAAGUGGAUAGUACUACCAGUGGUGGCUGUGGAAGUCAGCCACGUGGCACAGGGAGAAUCAUCAAUGCGUCUUGUAUGUUUUCCCGUCCACAUGCCGAUCCAGACACGGACAAAGAGCGAGGACCAGGGGGGAACACUGUUUCUCAUGCUGACACCGGGGCAGCUUGGAAGCGAACGGCCGCGAAGACGAGGGGCCUCGCUCCGCCACACCACACUCUACGUACAUUUGGACGCUUUGUGGACCCGAUGCAUUCCAAAUGUUGGACUCGUCCGAAUGCACCUGGCCCAGAAAGCGGCGAAAUGCAAAUAGAGUGUUGUGUGACGGAGCGAGUUCCGAGGGCGAGGAGGAAAGCUAGGGGUAGACGGAAGGUGAGGACUGUCAGGGGGAGGGAUCAUAGUAAAGACCUGUACUUUACAACGAGACUUCUUGUCCUAAGGCCGACUGAGCCGUCGUCGUCGUCUUCAGUCUCGGACAUCUCCACGAAGAGUUGGACUCACCAAGGUUUGUGUUUGGUGCAAGACGACCACCAUUGGCAGCAAAUCUGGAAGGCAGGGAGACGAAGCCCCAGCCGACGCCAUAGCCGUGCUUCCAUAACUGUUGUCGUCAACGUGUCGAUCGAUGCCCAUCUCUCGGGAGGAGGCUCGCUGACAGAGGAGGCUAUGGACUGGUGCGCAGCUAUGGCCGCCUCUCGACCUCGGCUCCUCGAUGGUAGCAGGCAGGCUAUGUUCUGCUGUUGCAGAGUGGAGCAGGACGAAGGCCGUCGCGCUUUGAUAUCGGAGAAGGGAGUAGCAGGUAAUUACAGCAGCAGGCUAACGAAUACAUCCUCCGACCGGAAGAACGGGAGCAAGACAAAUCAAACUGGAGAAGCAGACAAAAGCAGCGGCCACAGAAAUGAGCAUAUUAAAGGGCCUCCUGACUGGCUUAUCCUCCUAGUGGUGGUUUUGGGCAGCCAUCUUCUGGGACUAAUUUGCGAGUUCAAGUGCCACAGACGAAUCUGGAACCUUAUAAGAGGGGUAUUUUGGAGAACCCCGCCAUCGGGGGAAGGAGAAGUAGCUCCACUUGCAGGAGCAGUGAAUGGAGGAAGAAGAGAAGCAGAAGGCAGAGGAGGAGGAGGGGGAGGACGAUGGGGAGGAGGAGGAGGAGGAGGAGGAGGAGGAUUUGGGGAGCAGGAUGCUGUUAGACUGGGGAGGGAGCAGUAUGAAAACCGUCUGCGAUCGGAGGGGCGCUCAGUAGGUGAUGAUUAUUUCCAGUCCUUACUGGAAAUGCCGAGUAUACCUCCAUCGUCAUCUUCCAUGCAGGUUGACAUCGAUGACGUCGAACAGACCAGCAGCUAUAGUGGCAAUGUUGCCUGGAGUCGUACGGGGGAUGGUGGUGCUGGGGAUUCCCCACUGGGAUUUGCUGGCCCGUUACCUAGCUUCGUUGCAGUGCUUUCUCCCAAUCCUAAAGAUUUGCCAUGGCUCGGAGUAAAAGAAUGUGCUUUCUUCCAAUCCGAAUGAUCUGCCAUGGCUGGGAGUAAAACAAUGAGUUAUUU